CCUGUCUUGACCGCGCUUCGUACUAGGUACGGGAGUUUCGAGUAUAUAGUUAUGCCCUUUGGACUCACGAACGCCCCGGCGACUUUUCAAAUAACCAUGAACCUGAUUUUCAGUUCGCUCGUAGAUAAGUGUGUUAUACUUUACCUAGAUGACAUACUGAUUUACAGUGAGACUCGGGAACAGCACCUCAAGGAUCUUGAAGCAGUUUUCACGCUACUACUAGAACAUCGGCUGCUCACGAAGGGGUCUAAGUGCGAGUUCCUAAAAGAUAAGUUAUAAUUUUUAGGCCACGACAUCUCUAAAAAGGG